AUGGAAUUCUCAACAAUUUUAUUUUUUGGGAUAUUGGUCUCAUCUGUGUGCACAGUGAAAGGUGCUGAGAAGAUGACAGAUUUACCACCCUGCAACUACCCUGCAAUAUAUAACUUCGGUGAUUCGAAUUCAGACACAGGCGGGAUAGCAGCAGCAUUUUAUCCGAUGGCAGCACCCUGCGGUGAGACGUACUUCCAUCGGCCAGCCGGAAGGGGUUCCGAUGGGCGCCUGAUCAUUGACUUCAUCGCCGAUUAUUUGGGGCUGCCAUAUUUGAGCUCCUACUUGGAUUCAAUAGGAACUAGUUAUCAGCAUGGGGCAAAUUUUGCAACUGGAGGAGCAACCAUUUUGAGGCCGAAUAAAUCAUGGUUUGAAAAUGGCGAGAGCCCUUUCCCUCUAGAAAUCCAAGUCGAGCAUUUUUCUCAGUUUAAAGAAAGAACAGCUUAUUUCUACAAUCAAGACAAGGGUGAUUAUGGUAGUAGCAGACUCCCACGACCUGAGGACUUCUCCAAGGCUCUUUUCACACUUGAUAUAGGGCAAAAUGACAUUGCUGCUGCUAGGAGUAAGAGUAUUGAAUUUCAGCAAGUCACUGUACCCAACAUAAUCAGCCAGUUUACAGCACAAAUCCGUGAUCUAUACAUUAAAGGAGCAAGGACAUUUUGGAUACACAACACAGGUCCUAUAGGAUGUUUGCCGGUAAACACGAUUAAAGUACAAGAUCCUCUGCCCGGGUAUCUUGACAAGCAUGGUUGUAUCGAAAGCCAGAAUGAUAUGGCUCGGCAUUUCAAUAAAUACCUCAAGGUCGAAAUUGUGAAGCUAAGGGCAGAGCUUUCUGCAGCUGCGAUAAUAUACGUGGACAUGUACAGUGCUAAGUAUGAACUAAUAAGCAAUGCCAAAAAUGAAGGAUUUGAGGACCCUUCGAAAAUCUGCUGUGGUUAUCAUGGAUUUGAGUAUGAUAUUUUCUGCGGGUCUAAAGGACACAUAAAUGGGAGUGAAGUUUUUGCUGGUUCUUGUGCAAACCCUUCUACUGUCAUUAGCUGGGAUGGAGUUCACUAUACUGAAGCUGCAAAUCAUUGGAUUUUUAAACGCAUAAUCAACGGUUCACUAUCCGAUCCGUCAAUCACUGUCACGCAAGCAUGUCAUAUGAAAAUGGGAUACCUUUGA